UGUCCUGUGAGAUAUAUAAGAAAUAUAGGUUUGUGAAGGCCAUGGUGCCCUGUUGCCCUAUCUGGAGUGAAGUAAUUAUGACACGUUUCCUGACUAAAGGAUCAACCAGGGGCAGACUGACCAUUUGGAAACCCGGGCAAUGCCCGAGGGCGCGGGAUGCCCCUGGUACCUUUUUCAUAGUCUUUUUUGAGUUUGGGCAAGGACACAGGGGCCCCAUGAUCCCCUAUUGCCCAGGG